AUGAACACGUUCAAGAAGAUUCGUGAUAGGGUCACCGUGGUGCGGCUUGGUGGGGACUCGUCAGACGACGAUGAGGAUGCGCCGUCGACGGGGCUCUCGCUCUCGCGGCUGUUGUACAUCCGGUCGUGGACGUUCUCAACCCUGCGGUACUUUGUCUUUCUCACCCUCUUUACCAUCAUUGUGUUCGGAUCGCGGCCGUCAGAGUCGGCGUACUACAUGUCGGCCCAACUGCGCGACAUCCUCGUCCAGGAAGAGUUCCCGGCCUCGGCCUCGCACAUCCGCAAGACCUUCUGGGACGUAGCCACCACCGACGAGAUGUUCCAGUACAUGGAGGGCCCGCUACUUGAGGGCCUCUUCCCCACUGUCGACUACGCCGGUGACCCGGUGCCGGACUCGCUCUCGCGCGCCAUCUACGGCUACGACCAGAUCGUCGGCCUUGUGCGCAUCCGCCAGGUCCGCAUCCGCAAGGACACGUGCUCGGUGGCAGAUAAGUUUAAGCGCAUCGUGGAACACUGUUACGACUCGUUCAAGUCGUCGGUGGUCUCCAAGGACCCGUUUGGCCCGCCGGGCAACGAGUGGGUGUGGCAGGCCGACCGGCAGACCCUCUUUGGUGGCGUCAAUGGGCGGCUCUCUCUCUAUCCCGACGACGGCUUUGUCGUGGAUCUUGCCAAGGACAAGGGCAACGCUACGCAGCAAAUCUCGUUCCUCAAGCAGAACAAGUUUGUUGAUUUGCAGACCCGGCUGCUGGCCAUCGAGUUCUCGGUCUACAACGCCAACCUCAACCUUUUCUGCGUCAUCCGUAUCGCCUUUGAGCUGCCCGAGGCUGGUGGCGUCGUGCCAUUUGCGCACUUUCGUACCGUCAAGCUCCUGCGCUACCUCUCGUCGAUGGACUACUUUGUGCUUGUCUGCGAGCUCCUCCUCUGCGCCAUGGUCUUCAUGUACGUUGUGGAGGAGGUGGGCGAGCUCGUUCAGGCUUGCCGCGGCAAGGUGACGAGUGCUUCCGGCGAGCACCGCGGAUGGCGGGCGUACUUUGUCGACGACAUGUGGAACUACCUCGACGUGCUCAACCUCUCGCUCUUUGUCGUCGUCAUCAUCUUCCGCAUCAUCAUGACCAUCACCCUCGAGCAGAUGUUCGACACCGGCAAUUUCAAGUCGAACGCGGCGUACUUUAACCUGCAAGGCGUGGCGCUGAUGGCAACACAGGAGAUCAACAUCAACGCCAUCAACAUGCUCCUUUGUUGGAUCAAGACGCUCAAGUACCUCAACCAUUUUGAUCGUAUCCACCAGCUCUCCGAGACGCUUGUCCGCGCCGCGGCCGACACGGUACUCUUCAUGAUCAUGUUCCUUAUCAUCUUCUUUGGCUACGCCCAGGCUGGGUACAUGAUGUUUUCGGCCGACGUAGAGGGCUUUCGUACCAUCUUCCGCUCCAUGGAGUCGCUUGUCCUCUCCAUCCUCGGCGAGUUUGACUACUCGCAGAUCGAGCGCUCGAACCGGUACCUUGCACCGCUGUUCUUCUUCUCGUACAUGCUGCUCGUCUUCUUUGUCCUCCUCAAUGUGUUCAUUGCCAUUAUCUCGUCGUCGUUCGACUCAGUCCGCGAGGCCGCGGCACGGCGCGACGCCGAGCAGCGCGUGGAGCAGCUGCUCUCCGGCAAGGUGCAGCGGCUCUCGCCGUGGGCUCAGCUCAAGCGAGCCAUGCUCAUUAUGAAGGACGCCAUGCUUGUCAAGCGCUACCACAAGCGCUCGCUGCUCAUCGAGAAGAUCCGCUCCGGCAAGGGUGACAUCAAUCUCGACGGCAUGAUCUCGCGCGACGAGGCCCUGACGCAGCUCGCUCUUAACGACGAGGAGGCCGCUGAGGCCUUUGACCAGUACGAUGAGAACGAAGACAACCAGCUCGACGCCGACGAGAUCGAGGCCUGGCUCGCCGACUUGCGCGAGGAGAAGCUUCUUCUCGAGGAGGCGCUGUCAGACUUUAUGGAGCUCGAGCAGGGCCUGGCCGAGACGGGCAAGAAGCUCUCGCGCGAGCAGAUCGAGCAUCGAGAGGAGAUCUCGAAGCGCCUCGAAGACUACAAGAAGCGUGUGGCCCGCAUGGGCUCAUCCGGCGACCCGGGCCUCCGCAAGCUUGAGAUCCGCAAGCCGAAUCAGGGAGGCCCUGCCCCGAUUGACCCCAACAUCCUCCGCCUCGCCGCUAACGCCGAGCCUGCCGCCGUCACCGCCGCCAUCUCGGACUCGCACAACACCCUCAUGCGCUUCCUCGAGUCGAUCAACACCAAGAUCAAGGUCAUGAACAACCGCCUCAAGCGCCUCGAGGACUCAUCGCGCCAGAACAUGCGGACCGCUGCCGCCGCAGGUGUCGGCACUCGCUCGCGCGCCCCAACCGCAGCCGCAUCCACCAUCACAGCCCGCCCUACCACAAGUGCAUCAGCUGCUGCGCGCCACAAGGCCACCUUUGACAUUCCUGGCCUCGCGACCCCGUCGAGCCGGACUCCGCCGCACCCGUGAGGGUUCUAUGCCUCACACCUGCUUCGACGGCCGAAGCGCCUUGACGAUCCGCGAAAACAUGCUGCUACCCCCGUCCACCGUAAACUUUGCCGCUUGCCCAGGCACCACACUCUCCUUCAACUUGGGCAGAUACGCGUGGUCUGCCGUGAGGAGGGCGGCGGCUUUGGCC